AUGGCCAGGUGGGUUAGAUGGGCUGGUAUGAAAAAGAAGACAGACAUUGACAAGUAUUUUGGGUAUAAGGAUAAGUGUGAUCUGCACAUAGGUGUUGAAGCCAGAAAUCUUAAGACUUACAUGACUGUGUCCUACAUUAGUCAAGACUGUGAAGAAAUUCCAGAAUUCCUAGGAAGAAAAUAUGGACGUAUGGCAAAAAGGCUAGAUCUUAGCUUCAACUUGUUAAGGUCACUAGAAGGACUGAAAACAUUCAGUUACUUGGAAGAGCUGAUCUUGGACAACAAUCUACUCGGAAAUGACCUUCUGUUACCCAGGUUACCUCACCUCCAUACCUUAACGCUCAACAAGAACCAAAUAACAGAAUUAGAAAGCCUUUUGGACCAUUUGGCUGAAGUUGUGCCCUCGCUACAGUAUCUCAGUUUGCUUGGAAACAAGGCCUGCCCAAAUGAACUGGUCUGCAAAGAAAAGGAUGAAGAUGACUACCAGAGGUACAGGUAUUUUGUCCUGCACAAAUUGACAAACCUGAAAUUUCUUGAUACUCGGAAAGUAACCAGGAGGGAGAGAGAGGAAGCCUUGGUAAGAGGUGCCUUCAUGAAAGUGGUUAAGCCCAAGGAUGCUAAGGCCUUUAGUGAUGUUGCCUCCACCUCUCCAGAGAUGCACUAUACUCCCCUGCCUUCAGGAUCCAGAGACCUCACCAAUCACCGAGGUGUUUUGGGAAAAUGCCGCUACAUUUACUAUGGAAAACAUUCUGAGGGCAACAGAUUCAUCCGAGAUGACCAGCUAUAA